CGUGGAGCAAUGAAGGUUUAUCAGAGCGUCCUGCUACUUUUCUGCUGCCAGUUCCUACACACCCUGGCUUUAGACUGUAGUAUGAUAAAUGGGAACCUGAAGCAGAUAGAUGCUGGGAUGGGCUCAGUGGUUGGAGUGAACAAUUUUAAUGAAGCUUUCAUCCUGGAGGAUAAUGUCUUCACAAAGAUCAACAUCUCUCUAAAGCACUUCACUGUUGGACCUGCUGGUCAGCUGGGGGUGAAUGCAGCAAACAACAUAUUCAAACUUCAGAGUGGCAGUUCAGCCACAGUCCCAAAGACAUCAUCUUAUUGUUUAUGGUCCCUAUUAAAUCUUUCAUCCAAACUGUUGAUUGUGUUGUUAGGUCUCCUCAAACAGGUGGAUGCUGGAGGUGAUCAGAUCCUUGCAGGUGUCAAUAUGUAUGAUGACAUAUUCUGUUUAAAUAUGGAUGCUAACGACAAAUGGCCAUCCAGCAAUACUCCUUGGGUUCAACCUAAUGGAAAGCUGAAGUACUACAGCUGUGGCCCAUACAGCUGUUGGGGAGUGAACAUCUAUGAUCAAAUCUGGAUCUUGAGGGAUGUGUCUAAUAAUGUUUGUUCUGGGUCUGGCAACUUUGUGAAUAUUGGUGGACUUCUGUCCAUGAUUGAAGUAGCAACUGAUGGCAGUGUCUUUGGUGUCAACUAUCAAGGGAGCUUAUUCCAAAGAACUGGCGUCACUCGUGCCAACCCCGCUGGCAUAGACUGGAUCUCAAUGGUUGCCUGUCCCAAUGGCCACCUACAUGUGAGCUUUGACCUGGGAGUGCUUUGGGUCGUGUGUGUUGACGGCUCCAUCCGUAAAUGUACUUUAUAG